AUGCCACCAUCGGUCAAACGACGCCUCUCCUCCACUGAAGAGAUUGACGGCGAUUCUCAUUCGGAUACUUCGGUGUCCAAUUCACAAGUCGCGAGGAAGAAAGCCAGACUAGUCAACGGCAAUGACCAAGGGGAAGAAUCCAGUGAUACCGACUAUGACGAAGACGAAGACCUUGAAAUCGAGUCGCAGGCAUUGUCCAAUGCACACUCAAUGUCGGUCGCAAGAGGCAUGGAAGUUUCUGAAGCAGGCACCAUUUCGUGCGUGGAGAUAUUCAACUUUAUGUGUCAUAAGCAUCUCAAGAUCGAGUUGGGCCCAAAGAUCAACUUUAUCAUUGGUCAUAACGGAAGUGGUAAAAGUGCCAUUUUAACAGCCAUCACCAUUGCAUUGGGUGCCAAGGCCAACUCGACCAAUCGUGGCAAAAAUCUCAGUUCCUUGAUUCGUGAAGGUGCAAAUGCGGCAUUGGCGAUUGUUAAGCUCACCAACAAGGGCUCAGAUGCUUACAAAGCGGAUGUAUACGGCGAUGAGAUCAUUAUUGAACGCAAGUUGCUACGUGAUGGAGGUGGCCAGUACAAGAUCAAGUCAUCCAACAAUAAGACGGUCUCCACCAAACGUGAAGAAUUAGUGGCGAUUUGCGAUCACAUGUCGAUUCAGAUUGAUAACCCAUUGACGGUGCUCAGCCAGGAUAUGGCACGUCAAUUCCUUAAUUCGAGUUCCAGCCAUGACAAGUAUAUGCUAUUCAUGCGGGGCACCCAAUUACUUCAAUUGCACGAGGACUAUGAAACGAUCCGCGAGAGCAUUGAAACCACCAGAGCUAUUAUCGAUCGCAAAAAGGGUUUCUUGCCAGAGCUGAAGAAGGAAGCAAAUAUUGCAAAGGAAAAGUACGAGGAGAUGCUUUCUGCCCGUGACAUUGAGGCCGACAUUGAAAAGGCCCAGAAUGAGUUGGUUUGGAGACAAAUUGCUCUCAAGGAAGAGGAGACCGAGAAAAAGCGAAAGGAGCUGCAGCAGUAUGAGGAUGUUAUGGGGCAACUCGAAGACAGAAAGAUCCAAGCAGAGAACAAAGCAAAGCGACAAGACGAAGAAUUGCAAGAAGCACAAAGAGUUGCAGAGGAAUUUCAGGCAUUGGGUGUCCCGCAUCUAGAAGAUCGCCAAAGAUUAGAACAAGAAAGAGCAAAACUUGAGAGUGAUGCACAAGAAUUAGUGAAUGAUAUGGGAGAGAUCAAUGGACAAGUGCGUCAAGCAAAAGCUCGUGUGGAGAAGCACGAUAGCGCUAUCGCACAAGAGACUGCCAAGCAGAAUUCGGAUAGUCAAGCAAAGCGUGCACAAGUGCAGGAGAAGUUGGAUGCGCUCAAAGAGACUUUGGAACGAAAGAAGGAGCAGCGCAAGGCUUGCGAGAAGGAGCUUGAAGAGACGAAUGGCAAGAAGCGUGAGCUUGACGACGACUACGACGAAGCCAGAAAGAACUAUGAUCACCAUAUGCGCAGCAUGCAGGAGGCCAAAAAGCAGGUUGAAGGCUUGAGAAUGCAACGCCAAAAUAGACUCACAGCAUUCGGCAAAAACAUUCCUCACUUGCUGCAAGACAUUGAACGAGAACAGCGGUGGCAACGCAAACCGGUGGGCCCACUUGGAAGAUAUCUCAAGCUCAAAAAGCCCGAAUUCGCAGAUGUUAUCGAGAUGGUGCUCAACAACUUCAUGAGUGCAUUCGUCGUCGAGAACUUUAAUGAUCAAAAGUUACUGAAAGCUUUGCUGAGAAAACACCGCAUGGAUUGGAACACUACAAUCUUCGUCGCCAAGCAUGAUAUUUUCGAUUUCAGCGCAUCCGAACCCGAUGAGAAAUACGUAACAAUGAUGCGUGCACUUGAGUUCGACAACGAGUGGGUAAAGCGCCAGCUGGUCAUUGUUGCGAGCAUUCAACAAAUCAUCCUGGUGCAUGAACGUCGUCAAGGUGAUGAAAUUAUGAGGAACAGUGGUCCAAAGAACGUCAAAACGUGCUUCUCCAAAGAUUGCUACAAGAUUGGUGCAAAAAAAGGUUUACGGUCUGAGGCCAUGAACAAAUAUAAUGGUCCACCGCGUUUGACAUCCGAUGUGGGAUCAGCGAUCGAGCGAGCCGAGAAUAAGCUACGAGCCAUGAACAAUCAAAAAGCUGAAUUGGAUGAAGCAGUGCGUCGUGCUGAUCGAAAGCGGCAAGAGCUUAGAGACACGUUCCGUAAAUUGAUGAACGAUCGAACAAGAUUGGAUGAGGAGAUCACACGCCUUUCGCAUCAGUACAGGAAGUUGGAGGAAUCUAUGAAGGAAGAAGAGCCUGUCAAUAUCCAAGUCCAUAUGUCUAUGCGAGAUGAUUUAUUGGAAAAGAUCAAGACUCUCAAGGGCCAAUAUGCAGGACUAGUCACCCAGCAAUCUGAAAUCCAUACCAAGAUCGAAGCUGUCGCCAUAAAGAUUGAGGAGUAUCAGGUGGCCGAGGAUGAACAUGAUAAGGAAUUGAAUGAGUACAAGGCAACGAUCCGUUCCAUUGAAGCCAUGAAAGCCACUGCGAAUCAGGACGUUGACAAGUAUGAGCAAAAGAUGGCAAGAGUCCGACAGCGAAUGGAUAUUGCUCAAAAAGAGUUUAAGCACCUGGAGAACACGCUUGCAGAUUGGCUAAACAAGGCCCAGCUCAACUUCCCUGAUCGUGUGGAUACCGAUGAGUCACCAGAUCAAUUGUCUCGCAAAAUUGCUCACUUACAAGUGCGUAAAAGGGAGAAAGAAAAGAGCACGGGAAUGUCAUUGGAAGAAGCACAAGAGAUAGCUAUUCAAAGACAUCGAGAAUACAUUGAUGCGGAGCAGACAGUAAGGACGAUGGAUGGAUUGACCAAGAGAAUGAAGAAGGCUUUGAAAGCACGUACUGAGCGAUGGCUCGAGAUGAGAAAGUAUAUUGCUCUUACUGCCAGCGGUCAUUUCCGAUACUUUAUGGACAAGCGUGGCGAUGAUGGUAUCCUCAAGUUCAACCACGAAAGGCAAAAGCUGGAUAUGCGAGUUUUAACGGGUGACCAGAAUAACAAAACGGGCGCUCGACGCAAGGAUUCCAAGUCGUUAUCUGGUGGUGAAAAGUCAUUCUCCCAAGUCAGUCUUUUGUUGGCCUUGUGGCAAGGCGUUUCAUCACCUAUCCUUUGCCUUGAUGAAUUCGAUGUAUAUAUGGAUGCCGUGAACCGGAAGCAGAGUAUGAAAUUGAUGAUGGAUUCGGCCUGUGAAAACAGCUCACAGUACAUUCUCAUCACUCCUCAAGACGCCAGCAACAUGGUGCCAGGCCCCUAUGUCACUGUACAUCGACUUGCCGAUCCCGAACGACGACAGGAGUAA